CCUACGAGCGAACAGUUUCGCACCCACCUCGGACUGAGCCGGUUGUCCUCCAGUGGAAUAAAAAAUAUCAACAGCAGUAUGCAGAACGAUAAAUUCGCACCACCGCCACUCGGGUUCAGUUCCGCACCACCGCAGCCGGGGCAGCCGCAGCAAGGAUAUCCGGCUCAGUAUUACGGGCAGCCCCAGGUCACUCCAGCCAUGAACUACGGAGGACCACCACCACCGCCUCCGCAACCACCGCAUGAGGCACCUACCAGAGUGCCACCACCGCGCGAUGGAUGCUUCGCUCGCGGCCGUAGAAACAAGCCGCAAGGCAGUGCCUUGAGUUCAGCUAGUCUAAUAUUUCUAUCUGGAGGACUCAACAUUGCGUGGUGCAUGGGUUUCCGAGGACCAAUACGAUAUGUUGGCUCCAAACAUAAUAGUAUCGCCUGGUUCAUUGGUGGCAUUAUUGGAGCCGUGAUCAGUUGCUUCCUCACCAACAAAGUGGCCAAGAAAUAUGUCAUGCAAUUCGCGUCGGUUCUGGUCUCAAUUGGAGGAGUGGUGAUUGCCUGCACCAAACAGAAUGAAGCCGCCACCGUAGCAGGUAGCUACCUGGAUGGCAUCGCCAACGGGUUGGUAUUUGCUCCAUUUUUGGCCCUGGCAGGAGAGCUGGCUGUGCCCUAUAUGCGAGGAAAACUCGCCACCAAUAUGGAGCAGCUUAGUUUUCAAUGCGGAAUCCUGCUGCAGAUCAUCUAUACCAGCUCAUGGACCGAAAACUAUUAUUAUUCCAAUGGUUUCUCCUCUGAGAACCUGAAGGGAGUGAUAAGUGCACUCUGUGGUCUUAUGGCCAUAAUUAUGGCCACAUUUUGGACCAUUGAGUCGCCGGUUUUGUUGUUGGCCAACAACGAUGAACAAGGAGCCCUAGAUGCACUUCGUCGGCUCCAGAAUCCGUCCACCCUGACUGAUGAGACCUACGAGCAGUUGGCGGAGCACAAGCGCUACUUGGCUCACAACAAGGAUAUGUCAAAGGGACAGAGCAUUUCCCAGGCCCUUCCCACCUUCCUGCGACUCGCCUAUCUGAGAGCCAUGAAUGCCAUGAGCCUCUCCAGCCACGUGGCCUGGACCCUGGCCUUCUCCAUUUACCUCCAAGGAGAGCAUUACCCGGAGGGCUGGUACCUGCUGUUCGCCUUUUUCCGCUUCUUUGGAGCUUUCAUUCCCGCCUUCGGGAUAGAUUCCUUGGGCAGGAAGAAGCCCCUGCUGCUUGGUAUGAUCAUUGCAUGCGCCUUGGCCUUUGCUAUUGGAGUCCAGUAUAGCUGGGUCCAUCGUUUCGAGGGAGUGACGAUUCUCGUUGUUGUAUUCGCGUUCUUUGUCGGAAUGGCAUUCACAGGAACCUCGGCAUACCUGUCGGAGGCAUAUCCUAUGGGAGUGAAGCAGCACUUCAUCGCUCUCACCUUCAUUGUGGAGAUGUUUGUAUUCAUGAUUAUCACGCUGAUCGAUUUUAACAUAUACUACGGCGGCUCUCGAUUCUUUUAUGCCGUUGGAAGCCUCUACAUAGUCGGUUUCAUCGUGGGAGCCGUUUCGCUGCCGGAAACACGAAUGAUGACUCUGCGAGGCGCCCAAGUACAGUUCAGCAGAGUUAAGAACACUGAGUUCAACUGAUGCGCAGGAUAAGUGUUGGUCUAAUUUAAUUUAGCGAUUAUGUAAAGCUCAAUCCCAUUUUGUUUCCCCUCUUAAGGAGUUUAGCUUUGUAAAUGCCUAAUUAAAAGAAGUUUAAAAAUUAAAUUAUUAUAAUUAUACCAAACUAA